GAAGAAGAAGGCGGAAACUUUCAGGAUUUAAAAUAACAACAUUUUCCCAAGAGCAGCACUUUGACAAGAUUAUCGUGCUUGGUGCGAGGAUGGGAUCUCCAGCAAAACGUACCACUCCUCACAGAGCUAAUAUUCGUACCCCGGGUGAGGAACCCGACUCCCCACUUCCCCCCAUCGAUGAGCGUCUGGCAUACCUGCGUCCUUCGAGGGAACUACUGGAGUUUUACAGACAGAAGAUCACCCAGUAUGAUAGUGAACAUGAGGAGCUGCUGCACAUGCUGGACAAGUAUCGAGGCUUCACGGAGGAGCAGCAUAAGCUACAGCAGGAGGUACAACAGCGUGAGGGUGAGAUUGCAGAGCUUCAGAGUGGUCUCAGUGACAUGCAGGUCUACCUUUUCCAAGAGCGAGAGCAGUCCCUGCGGCUUUAUGCAGAAAAUGACCGACUAAAGAUCAGAGAGUUGGAGGACAGGAAGAAAAUCCAACACCUUCUCGCCCUUGUUGGUCCUGAUGCAGAAGAGAUCACUUAUUUCCACCGGGAGCCUCCUCAUAAGGUCACUGUUACACAGAGACCCCCAGAGCCCAGAUUCGAUGAAAACCUGAGUCUCAGACCAACAAAGCUAAGACCAGCUGGGUCCACGAAAGAGAGUAGAAGGACAACGAGAUCAGCAGAUGGGAUCAGCGUCAGCAGUUUGGAGCAGUACAAGAACGAGAACCAGACGCUGUUGCUACAGGUGGAGGCACUGCGUGCUCAGAUGGAAGAACAAACCCGUCUGGCUAAAGAGCAGGUGGAGGCUCUGCUGGAGGAUCGCAGGAUUAAAACCGAGGAGACUCAGGCGCAACGGCGGAGAGAACAGGAACGCAUCACUGCUCUGACUGAGAAACUCGAACGGACUCAGAACUUGUUGCAUGAGAGUACCAGAGAUUUCUUACAGCUUAAGUUUGAGACUCGGGCUCAUGAAAAGAUUUGGAUGGUGGAAAAAGACCGGCUGCUGAGGGAAUUGGAUUCCUGCCACAAUCGCCUGAGAAAGACCGCCCCUUCCGGCGCUCAGUUGGGGAGAGCGUGGCAGCCCAGCAGCAGCGCAGCUAUGCUUCACCCUCGGCCACAGCUGGAGUUACAGCAGAUGCACAAGCAGGAGCUGAAGGCACUGCAGGAGGAUCUGAAGCAAUCUCAUCGCCUUGCUGAAAUGUACCGAGAGCAGUGUAUCACAAUGGAGACCGAACUUUCCCAGAUUAGAGAGGCAGGCGAUGUGGGCAAGGAAAUAUUCAAGGAGCGUUCAGAAAAAAUGGCCACGCGUCUCCAGCUGAUGACUCGCCGUUAUGAGGCUUUGGAGAAGAGGAGGGUCAUGGAGGCGGAGGGCUUCAAAACGGACCUGAAACACGUCAGACAAAAGCUCAAAGAUGUAGAAAGACAGCUACUUAAGGUCACCUUGAAUAUUGGACCCAACCAGGACCUAGCCAUUCUACAUGAGGUUCGUCAGACCAAUACCCGGACAAAAAAGGUUCAGGAUGAACUGAUAACUCUGAAGGCUAAAAUCUACGGUCUGGAAAAUGAGCUGAGAUAUAGCUGAAAAAUGAUCCAGAUGCCCCACAUGAAGUCUUGCUGUAUUUAAUGCUGUUACGAAUUAUUAUUAUUAUUUUGUGUUUAUUACUGACGCCUAGACUGGAUGAUAUUGAUAUUUUUUUCUUUGAACCAAUAAAAAUCUUUUUUUUUCUACAGUGCUUUUAAAUCAGAAAAUGCACAAUUUCUUUUUUAUUCAACACAAUCUGCCACAACACCAAAACCACCUGUCAUGAUGUUGCAUAUGUCCCCCUGAUGACACCAAACAGAUUUGGCCCAUGAGGCAUGGACAGAGCUCAGUGUCUAUCACUGGGUCUCAGUCAACACGCAAAAUCAGCCUUUGAAAAUUGAAUUAUAUCCAAACUGGUUCGUUAAGAAUAAAGAAGGUAAGGUAAAAUCCUGCAGUCAGACUAAACAAAGCGGGAAAUAAAUGAAAGCUGGAACCUCGAUGAACUGAACCAACACUGUUAAGAGGUAUGGACUAAAAUUCCUACACAUAAAUGUGCCAGAAUGAUCAUAUAAGAAAUUACUUCAAGACAAGUUAUUUAGUUCUUUACACACUAAUUGUAUUUUUGACUUUCUUUUUAUUUAAUGCUUAAUGGGACUGUAUAAUAAGUCAUA